AUGACCGAGCCCAAGUCAUCGCUCGACCAACUUCUCGACAUUCUCUACCAUUCGAGAAAUAUUGCGCUGCGGCCCCAAGAAGUCUCUUCACUUGACCGGUCGCAAAAUGUGUUAGCAGUGCUCACUGUUGCCAUCAAGCUUUUACAGAAAACGGGAAAUGAUCGGGAAUCGAACGCACUCUUGGAUGUCAUCGAAAUUUGUCGCCAACCCCCUGAACUGGGAGGACUCGGCACUGCAGAAAGCAGCCCACUCACACCGGAGCUUGUGUCUGAAAUCCUGUUCUUGACCUCUGCAUGGUUGGAAGCGCUCAAUUCAGCCGACCAUGCCAAAUCGUUGCCCAAGCCUCUCUCUCAGCGGCCCGCUGGUCGCCGAGGCAUGACCCUCAGCGAGAAGAUCUUUGCCAUUCAUGAUAUGGAGCAGAAGGGAUUCGUUGUGCCAGGGGAGCUGAUCCGAAUUCACGUAGACUGGGUGAUUGCCUCGGAGGCAUCCUGGAUGGGUAUGGAGAGAACAUAUGAUAGCCUUGGGAAACCAGGAAUCUUUCGAAAUGAUCGUUUUUGGCUUGCAGGCGAUCAUGUUGUGCACCCACGGGUGAAUAAAUUGCCCAAGGUUCGAAGGCUAAUUGACGCAAGUGAGCGUGCCAAGCGAGUCUUCAAAAUGACGGAUUACCAAGGCAUGAAUUACACGAUCAUGCACACGGAGUUCUACAGAGAACGAGCGCAACCAGGGAUGGUAGUUAUCGGGUCGGAUUCACAUACGUGUUCAUCGGGAGCAGUCGGAUGCUUGGCUAUUGGACUCGGAGCUGCAGAUGUCACUUUGCCCCUAGUGACUGGCGAAACAUGGUUCAAAGUGCCCGAGUCUGUCAACAUCCGUCUCAUUGGAUCUCCGAAGCCGGGCAUAGGAGGAAAAGAUGUGAUCCUUUACAUUCUGCAGCAGCUAAAAAGAAAUACAGUGGCCUCUGAUAGGAUUGUAGAGUUCACGGGCCCUGGUAUUUUGCAUUUGUCCUCAGACGCAAGAUUCGCGAUUUGCAACAUGACGACGGAGUUUGGAGGCGUGACUGGUAUCUUUGUUCCUGAUCAAAUUACACAUGAUUUCAUUCAGAAGCGACGACUGCCUCGCCACAAAAGUCUUCCCACUUACUUUAGGCCUGAUGCUGAUGCCCACUAUGCCGAAGUCCACGAGAUAAACCUUGGAAAUGUUAGGUCUUUCUUGGCGAAAUAUCCAGAACCAGAUAAUGUGGUUCCUGUCGGCGAGCAUGAGGGUAUGGAACUUGAUGGCUGCUUUAUCGGGGCCUGCACAACUGCCGAAGAGGAUUUGAUCUUUGCUGCAUUGGUGUUAGAAAAGGCUCUGCAAAAGGGGCAAAGGCCUAUCAAAAAAGGAAAACGAAAGGUCGUUCCUGGGUCAAUGCCCAUCCUUCACCGUUUGCGUCAGCUGGGACUCACGGAUAUCUACGAGGAUGCGGGUUUUGAAAUUGGAAUCCCUGGGUGCAGUUAUUGUGUUGGCAUGUCUGCCGACCAAGCCGCUCCUGGAGAGGUAUGGCUGUCUUCGCAGAAUCGGAAUUUUGAGAAUCGGAUGGGAAAAGGAUCAAUUGGACAUCUCGGAUCCGCCGCAACAGUCGCUGCAUCCUCGUUCCAAAUGAGAUUGACCGACCCCGAUGAUUUGAUCGGCUCCAUCGAUCUGAGCAGGUGGCAAAAUCUCAAAAGGACAGUACAUUCUAAAAAAGGCACACCUUCAAGCAAAGUGCUCGAAUAUGUUGAGCCCAGUGGUGAUACUCAGACUUCGUCAGAUGUGGCCGUUUUCUCGCACAAAAAUGAUAUAAUGGAUAGCCAACUGCAGCUAAACGCAAAUGUCUCAGACACGCAGCGCAUUUUGAGAGGCAAAGUCCAAAACCUUGGGGAUUUCAUUGAUACGGAUGCGCUUGCGCCCGCCGAUUUCCUAAUGGAAAUGCGGGACAAUAAGAUGAGCGGACUCUACUGCUUGCAGUAUACAAACCCAGGAUUCCGCGACCGUGUCAAGGAAGGCUUGAAUAUUGUGGUGGCUGGGAAAGCAUUCGGAUGUGGUUCAUCCCGCGAGCAAGCAGUCAUGGCGUUACUAGGGUGUGGGGUUCAGUGUGUCAUUGCCAGGUCGUUCGCUUUCAUCUUCCAACGGAACAUGCCUAAUCUUGGAAUGCUGGGUAUCACAAUGCAGAAUGACGCAUUCUAUGAAGCAGCUCAGGAUGGAACGGAAGUUUCUAUCGAUAUUCACAACAGAAUUAUUUAUCUUGGAAAGAGAGACUUUCAAUUCCAGCUCAGUCAGAUGGAACAGGAGCUUUUCGACCGCGGAGGCGUUGCAUCUGCUUUUCGCCAUUUUGGUAACAAGUUGUUCGAAGCUAUGACUGCUCCAAGGGGGUUAGGAGAUGCAGCCCAUCAGGAACAGCCAGCUGGACCAAAUGAUAUUCCACAGUGGUGA